CGGGCUCCGCGCCCCAGCCCCGGCCGCCAGCCCCUCCCGUUACACCCCGGGGAAGGUGUUCCAGAGACCGCUCCCAGCCUCACCCCGCCUCCCCGCUUCCCCGGCUCCAGCCUCCGCCGGCGGAGCUCCACUAUGCCAGACAGUUUCGACACUUUGCAAAGACAAAGACCGGAGGGAGGAGGAAGAGGAGGAGAGAGCAGGACGGGGCGAUGUGAGCUGGGAGGGGGCGAGUGUUCGGGACGCUCUCCCAACCCGCUCACCCCCAGAUCUCCAGAAACUCCGGCGUGUCCCCGGCCGCGCUGGCACCGUUUUCAGACUCAGCCUUUCUGAUCUGGACCUGCCAAUAGAAGUCAUUAGCAUCGCCAGAGGCUGCAAGGAGCUAACACUCUGAGCUUUGUGGCCAGGACAUUUCCAUUUGAGGACCAGAGAUGGACAGCCCCUCAGCCUCCUGAGAUGAAGACACUGAGGCUCGGAGAGGUUAAGGAACUCCCCUGAGGUCACACGGCUGAUGACAGACAACCCUCAGUGCCUUCAUCAAGCCCACUGCCUACCUGCCACAUCACUGGUGACAACGUGGACAGACCUAUUUCUAAUAAUUAAAGGUCACCACAUAUCAUCUCUUCUGGAGGACAGUGACAAAGACAGCUUCCCUCUGUCCUGCACUGUGAACCUUCUUUCCAGGUCCUCACCCCCGAGGGACCCAGGGCUGUCACAGAGAUUAACUACCCUUCCGCCUCAUUUGGAUGGAAAAGGAAAUCACUGGAAUGAAGUUUGAUUAACAUUUCAUCAGGACACGUCAUCGGCUGCUUAGAGAUUGCUGACGCAGCUGGCUACUUUAUUUUCAGAAGAGACGAGUUUUGUGCAGGAAGAGGCAUCCCCCCCCAAGUGGUCCACUGAGCCUUUGGGUGUCACGGGGCGAUGUCCAGCACACCAGGGAUGGCCAGCGCCCAGUGGAAGCGAGGUCAGCCGUAGCGGGCCGUGAGGCCCCGUGGGGACCGCCGCCUCGCCUCGUGAUUGCGUGUUUAUCUCUGGGAUUUUUCUUCCAAGUUCCUCCGUGGCUAGGUGCCGCUUCCUCCAGCGCAUCGCCGGGAGACCCCAUCAGGAAAGCAGAAAUGGCAGCCAUGAGGAGAAGGACCUUCAAAGUGCUCACCUUCCUUCUCUUCUUCAUCUUCCUCACCUCCUUCCUCCUCAGCUACUCCCACACCAUGAUGACCACCACCUGGUUCCCCAAGCAGAUGGUCCUCGAACUCUCGGAGAACUUCAGGAAGCUCAUGAGCUACACUCACAGGCCCUGCACCUGUACCCGCUGCAUCGGACAGCAGCACGUCUCGUCCUGGUUCGACGAGAGGUUCAACUGGUCCAUGCAGCCGCUGCUGACGAUGCAGAACGCGCUCUUGGAGGAGGACACGUACAGCUGGUGGCUGAGGCUCCAGCGGGAAAAACAACCCAAUAACUUGAAUGACACCGUCAAGGAGCUGUUCCAAGUGGUGCCUGGCAACGUGGACCCCCUGCUGGAGAAGAAGUUGGGGGGCUGCCGGCGCUGCGCCGUCGUGGGCAACUCAGGCAACCUGAGGGAGUCUUGGUACGGGCCUCAGAUAGACAGUCACGACUUCGUGCUCAGGAUGAACAAGGCCCCCACUGCGGGAUUCGAGGCCCACGUGGGAAGCAAGACCACCCACCAUCUCGUGUACCCCGAGAGCUUCCGGGAGCUGGCAGAGAACGUCAGCAUGGUUCUGGUCCCCUUCAAGACCACCGACCUGGAGUGGGUGGUCAGCGCCACCACCACGGGCACCAUCUCCCACACCUAUGUCCCUGUGCCCUCGAAGAUCAAAGUGAAAAAGAAUCAGAUUCUCAUCUACCACCCGGCCUUCAUCAAGUACGUCUUCGACAGCUGGCUGCAGGGCCACGGGCGGUACCCGUCCACGGGCAUCCUCUCGGUCAUCUUCUCCCUGCACGUCUGCGACGAGGUGGACCUGUACGGCUUCGGGGCGGACGGCAAAGGGAAUUGGCACCACUACUGGGAGAACAACCCCUCGGCGGGGGCUUUCCGCAAGACCGGGGUGCACGACGGGGACUUCGAGUCCAACGUGACGGCCACCUUGGCGUCCAUCGACAAGAUCCGGAUAUUCAAGGGGAGAUGACGCUGCGAGCGGUCCAGGUCGGGCGUUGCAGAGCGUGCCUCUCAUGUCGGCCCCAGCCGCCCCCAGAGCCCUGCGUUCCGCGGGCUUCCAGGGCCAGCCUCGGCGGCCUCCCGCAGCCUCUCCCAUCCCGACGACGUUUGACGGCAUCUGCUCACCAAGGUCGCCAGGCCCUGCUGCGGGGCACGUCUCCCGGCCGUCGGGGGUGGGGAGACUCCUCGUGGCUGUCCAGGGCUGGGGAAGGCGGGGAGAUUCGGGAGACGCCCAUGCUCCAAACACAGAGGUCACUUCGGCUUCGGAGGACGUGGCGGGCAGCAGAUACGCCCGUGUUCUAAAGGCAAGGACGUUUCCCGAGGGAGGACGGGCAGAGACGUCCCUCUGCUGAGGGUCCCAGGCGGAUCCCACGCUGGGUCUUGCCGGGAUGCUUCUGAGUGAGAGCGGCCACCAGCACUGAGCCACAUGGGCCACAGCCCUGGGGCCGGGUGACACCUUUCUUUGCAAGAUGCCUGGCAUGACAGCCCCACCUCCCCUCCCUCCCCAAAGCUCGUUUGCGCUGGCCAGGAGUGGCUCCCCACCCCGGAGGCCGGCAUUCUUGGAAAGGUGGUCCUGCCUCCAGCCAAGGUCUUCUUCUCAAGCCGACUUUCUCCUGAGCAAUCAAUCUUUUGGGUUCAAAUUACGGCUGAGAGCAGAUCUGACUAAGUCCAUGUGCCUUUGUAUUUGGGGAAGAAAAUGCAUGCAUUGGCCAAAAUGAGGCAAACGCCCCGACUCGGGAAAGGGGACCCCUGGGGACAUCUUUUCUAGUUUCCUGAGCCAGCGCCCGAGUUGGAGCAAAGCUCGCAUAAUACACAACGCCUCUCAGAGGCACAUUCGACGCGGAGUGUCACGGACAGCUGGGGUGGGUGCCCAUGUCCUUCCGAGCCCAUGCAGAGGACUUCCGCCAGCCGACAUUCUCCCCGAGGGCCCACACGCUGCGCCCAGGCCCUGCUGGCCCCUGCACGGUGUCCCGGCGUGUGGCCGUCCUAGGAACGCGGGAGAAGCCAUACCUCUCCCUCUCACUCUCGCUCGCCAUUCUUCCUGAUUAUUUAUUGAUUUAUUCUGGUUGAGCUUAGCUGACGUCGUGUGCACUUUCCGUUGCUGGUCCUGGGAUUUGAUUUUAGUUAAGCUCGUUCUUGCUCUGCCAGCAGCUGGGGAGCGGGGAGCUUAAAGCAAGCUUUGUCUGAAUCCUCAGACUUGGGCGCUGGGAGGACCUAGGGCGGGGGUGUUACUGGGGGCAAAUCUUGGGGUGUCAGGUCGGUGGGUUUAUGGGUUGCUCUGUGCCUCCUUCACUUCCAGUGCCAGCUCCCUCCUUUCGCACUGUGAGCUUGGAUUCCGUCUCAGGCCAGGACAGAGAGCCUCCUCGGGGACGGGUGGGAACUGCAGUCACAGGCAGAGGAGGGCAGUGACGGCUGGCGCUAGUUACUGACAUGUAAUCGGAAAAACCACUUUUCCUGUUGAAAGUAUUUCUCAAAAGGCCACUACUGCUCUGAGGGGGUGACAGGUUCCUGGUGGCAUGUGAAGGAUGCCAGUCUCAGAAGCCAGGGAGCUACCUACCUCCUCUGCUCCCUGCAGCCAACUGGUCAGCCCUAUUCUCUCUGGCCACAGUUCCUCCCUCUGAAAAUGGGGCGAGAGAGUCACUGAGGGCACUUGGGGGCCACAGGUGGUGUCAGGCUAUUCCCGAGUCCUCAGAAAUCGCAUACCAUGUUUGUUUUCUCUGUCUGUACAUACGCGCCUUUUCCUGGAGGAUGGUUCCAGAGCUUCUCUGAGGUUCUCGAAGAUUCAGCAUCCAAAAAGCGUUUCUUUAAAAAAAUCAACAAACAGAAAACAAAACCUGUUCUAGCUUUAAAAUCCUCCAGACCUUAAGACUCUCGACUGACAAAGGCUCAUCCGUGGCUGUGAGGUCCAGUCCAGGAAGGCUCGCGCUCAUGGCAGCACCGGACGUGAGGAGAGUGCUCGGGGGAGCGUCCGGUGGCCGGCUGUUGAAUGCCAGGGACAAACCUCGAGAUGUUGAAUGCCAGGGACAAACCUUGAGAAAAGUGGGCACCGCACCGAGGCGGGGAGCGAUGUGGACUGACUCCUGAGCUCUCCCCUUCCCCGGCAAGCCGAGUCUGUUCAGGAGGGUCCGGUCCCCAACGAGCAGUCUGCCCCUGGGCUUCACGGGGUCAGAGCAGGUCCCUGAAGGGAGGCCGAGCUGCACGCUGCCCGAGGUGGCCGCCUGGCCCCCGUCCUACCCCUCCCUCCGUCCCACCGGCUGUGCACGCUGUGAGAUGUGUUUCGGCGCUCAGAAUCCGGCUCUCCCGUUUCACGGGUGGGGAAAGCAAGGCCCAGAGAAGUGAGUGACUUGCAAAAGUGAACCAAUGGCAACAGCACGAGUCAAACCUUUUGAGCCAAAAAUGGGCAGGGAGGCUCCGCACACAGUUGCGUUCUGCACUCAGGCCCCUGGAUUCCAGCCCAGGGCUCGUCCACUCUGCAGACUCCUUGGAGACCCGUCAGGCCCCAGGCAGGCAGCAGAGGCAGCUCCGCCUGCGGCAAACAGGGCUGAGCCUGAAGCGAAGUGGCCGAGGGUGAUGAGGGAGAGAGAGCCCAGCAACAAACAUCCCAGCCUUUGGAACCCUCCAAAGGCCAGGAGCUGGAGCCGCCAGGAGCAAAACCAACACCUGUAUCCGCGUCCCCCUGGACUCCUGUCCUCACCCACCUGUUGGCUGACAAAGGAGCCGGGUUCGUGGCCUCUGGCUCUAGGAGCGAUGGGGAAUGGGGAGCAAAAGGAAGUUCCUAUAUUUUUUGAAACCUUGGCUCCGCCAGGCAUUGUCCAUUGAGCCACAAUGGCUGGGCGUAGUGGGAGAAACCAGAGAAAAUAAAACAGGACAUAAAGUAGCGUUGCCAGACAGGCAGGUGGGGAGGCCACUGAAGAUAGAGAAGGCAGGUUUGGGGGCCGGAUGGCAUCCCAGGCACUGCUGUGGCCGGAAGGGACAGCGAGAGGCCGAUCCUACCUUGAUGUGAACUGGGCCUCUGGGUCCAAGGUGGACUAGAGUCAGAACAUUUAGAACUGUGAUGUUCGCUUUGAUGUUCCCUUCAAGGCAGGCUGGCCACAAAACGGAAGAUGGAAAAGGGUCACCUAACCUCUCCGAGCCUUACCUGCCUCCUCUCUCAGCUCACUGUCCCUCACCUGGUCGUGAUGGAAAAUGCUUUCCCAGGGAAGCCCAAGCCCUGAGCGCUGUCCAGCUUAAAGGGCUGGACCCAGCCACGUGCCACCAAGAACCAGCAAGUGCCCUCGCCCCUCCAAAGAGCUCUCAGUGGGUCCAUCCAUCAUGGACUUCUGGUUUGCAGCAAACAUGCCACAGGCCGCUGGCUGGGCCCCCUCCCCUGUGGCCUGGGCUACGUUUGGAGAUCAUAUCAGCCUUUCUCCUUGAAUCUGUCAUGACACCAGCCCUCCGACCCCUGGGGAGCUAGCUACGUGACACCUUUUUUUGAGGAAAAGAAGCGGGCUCAGGAGGAACAGCAGAGAUAAGCAGAGCUCAUCUGAUCGACACUGGGUGUUAGCAACGUUUUUUCUUACUAAAGAGCAUUGAGCUUCCUACAAGCAGCCUGCCAGCUUGCACCCUCCUGAUGUCCCUCCCAGCCCAUCGGAGAUCCAGACUCUUGUUGCCCAGUUUCUGUCAUAGACCAGAACCGCCAUGCGUGGCCCACCCGCCCAGGGUCCUGAGCCGGACGCCAGCGUCAACCCAGGCCUGCGUCGGGAACCCCGGCCCGCAGGGCAAAUGUGGCGUCCAGACGCCUUAGCCUCCCCUGAAGUCCCGUCAAAGCCAAAGUUUCCGGAGCACUUUUUCUUUGCAAUCUUGUUUGGUUGGCUGUUGGUGUUUUGGAACUUGCUUCCCCGACCCCGGCCCUGCCUCGCGCCCCCGCCUUGCGGCUGAGCGUUCAUCCCGAUGCGUUUUGAAUGAAGUUCCCCGCGGUCCCCGUCCUCGACCUCUGCUCUGUGUGUUAUUUAUUGCUGAACGUUUCCAAUGAUCCGAAUCAAAGUGAAUAAAGAACUAUUUUAUCGUU